AGAGGAGGAGUUAGCUGGCUGGCAGUCUUUACUGACCACUGGAACAGUGUCUCUCUCUCUCUCUCUCUCUCCAGCACACCAACUUGGAGGUGCAAGUCCUUCCCUUACCAGCACCUACUUCAUCUCAGCACAGGUCUUGGCUGUGACCAGCUGCAACAGUCAUGGCACCCAAGAAGAACAAGGCCGCGAAGAAGAGCAAAUCAGACAUCAAUGAGAUGACGAUCAUGGUGGAAGACAGCCCGAUCAACAAAAUCAACGGGCUGAACACCCUUCUGGAAGGAGGCAACGGUUUUAGCUGCAUCUCGACGGAGGUCACCGACCCCGUCUAUGCUCCUAACCUCCUGGAAGGCCUCAGCAACAUGAGACAAGAGAGUUUCCUGUGUGAUCUGACGGUAGCAACCAAGUCCAAGUCCUUUGAUGUGCACAAAGUUGUGAUGGCCUCCUGCAGCGAGUACAUCCACAACAUCCUCAAGAAGGACCCAGCCGUCCAGAAGAUCGACCUCAACGACCUGUCCCCGGUCGGUCUGGCCACGGCCAUCACGUACGCCUACUCCGGAAAGCUGACCUUGUCGCUGUACACCAUCGGCAGCACGAUUUCCGCAGCCAUGCUCUUGCAGAUCAACACGCUGGUGAAGAUGUGCAGCGACUUCCUGCUGCAGGAGAUCAGCGUGGAAAACUGCAUGUAUGUGGUCAACAUCGCCGACACGUACAACCUGAAAGAAACGAAGGAAGCGGCUCAGAAGUUCAUGCGCGAGAACUUCAUCGAGUUCUCGGAGAUGGAGCAGUUCCUGAAGCUCACCUAUGAGCAGAUCAGUGAUUUCCUGACAGACGACUCCCUGCAGCUGCCCUCUGAGCUCACAGCCUUCCAGAUCGCCAUCAAGUGGUUGGACUUUGAUGAGAAGAGACUGAAGUAUGCCCCUGAUCUGCUGACGCACAUUCGCUUUGGAACCAUCUCGCCCCAGGACCUGGUCAGCCAUGUGCAGACCGUCCCCAGGAUGAUGCAAGACCCAGAGUGUCACCGCCUGUUGGUGGAUGCCAUGAAUUACCACCUGCUGCCAUACCAGCAGAACAUCCUGCAAUCCAGAAGAACCAAGGUCCGCGGUGGCCGAAGAGUGCUGCUUACCGUGGGUGGAAGACCAGCCUUGACUGAAAAGUCCCUCAGCAGGGAUGUUCUCUAUAGAGACGAGGACAGCAUUUGGAACAGACUGACCGAGAUGCCUGCGAAGAGCUUCAACCAGUGUGUGGCUGUGCUAGAUGGCUUCCUCUAUGUGGCUGGUGGUGAAGACCAGAAUGAUGCCAGGAACCAAGCAAAACAUGCCGUCAGCAAUUUCUGCAGGUAUGACCCCCGAUUCAACGCAUGGAUCCACCUUGCCAGCAUGAUUCAGAAGCGUACACAUUUCAGCCUGAACACCUUCAACGGUCUCCUGUUUGCUGUGGGUGGACGUAACUCCGAUGGCUGCCAGGCUUCUAUUGAGUGCUACGUUCCAUCCUCCAACCAGUGGCAGAUGAAGGCCCCAAUGGAAGUUCCAAGAUGCUGCCAUGCCAGCACAGUCAUAGAUGGCAAGAUCCUGGUAACCGGCGGUUACAUCAACAACGCCUAUUCCAGGGCCGUGUGCUCUUACGACCCGUCGACGGAUAGCUGGCAGGAUAAAAACAGCCUGAGCACCCCAAGAGGCUGGCAUUGUUCCACCACUGUGGGCGAUCGGGCUUACGUUCUCGGAGGCAGCCAGCUCGGCGGUCGCGGCGAGAGGGUGGAUGUCUUGGCGGUUGAAAGCUUCAACCCUCAUUCUGGCCAGUGGAGCUACGUUGCCCCCUUGCAUACAGGAGUGAGCACAGCAGGCGUUGCCACCCUGAAUAGCAAGAUCUACCUCCUGGGCGGCUGGAACGAAGUUGAGAAGAAGUAUAAGAAAUGCGUUCAGGUGUACAACCCCGACCUCAACGAAUGGACUGAGGACGACGAGCUGCCCGAGGCGACGGUGGGCAUCUCCUGCUGCGUCAUCACCAUCCCCACCCGCAAAACACGAGAGUCCAGGGCCAGCUCGGUAUCGUCCGCUCCAGUCAGUAUAUAGGUGAUGAUACAGGUUUGAUAUGCACAAUGAUGCCGAAAUAGGUGAUCUCAAACUUUUCCUGUCAGAUGUUCACACUGAACUUCAAAUUUAAAAUAAUCAAACAAACUUCCCUUUUCACAUCGACAAGCUGAAUAUGCUUUAAUACGUUUUGUUACAGUGAACAUCACCUAUUAUUUAUGGGCGACGUCUUUUAUAAUUCGCUUUUAAUAAAUUGCUGAUUGCCUUUUGAUGUUUUUCAUUUUUUUGAUGAAUUUGGAAGUGUAAAAAUAGUUCAAAGGUUGUGAACACUGAUUAGAAAUCUGCGGUUGGGGCUAGAUUGGUUGACUUAAACAGGAAAUAACAGGAAAUAACAACUCAGCAACUUUCAAACACACCUCACAUAAUAGUUACACUGGGGCCAAUUCUUCUGUAAUUAUCAGCCCUUCUCAAUAACGAGGCAGAUGUAGGGCACGGUAGGGUGCUAAUAUGCCAAACCUGGUUUUUCAAAAGUCGCAAAAUAAUGAUAUUUAGGUCUAUAGACGAUUGUAUAUGAUAUACUUUACAUGUCAUAUAUAUUUAUUUAUAUACAGAUUAACUUGCGAUGCAAAAUGAUAUCUUUGCCAAAAAAAUCGCUAUUUAAACUUGACCAAUAUUUCAAACAAAUAUUUGAUGGUGUACUUAGUCUGUAAUGCUAAUCCAGGUGGAUUCAGUCCAAAUAUCUACACUUUAUUAGUGUUUAUGUGUCGGCAUCGGCAGAUACAUACAUAUUAGCCCACAAUUCCCAUAUUGGAGCACCCCUCAAAUUAACAGUCUAUUUAAAGAGUAAUUUACUAGAGAAAGAACAAUAAGCAGAACUUUUUCAGAGCUCUGACAGUAGAGCUCCUCAGACAUGUUACACAUGCUGCAGCAAGCUCACCACGAUCCAAUACAAACUGAAAUGUAAUGAUUACAUUUCACCCAGACGUACCUACCAGGUGUAGGCGUGUUAGAAGCAGUUCAGUUUUACUUUCCCUUCCAACACUUGAACAGAAAAUCUAAAGAGCGCUCCUCGAAGUACUACAGCGAAUGGAUACCAUAACUGCCUUCACCACUCAAAGACAGGAAACCUGAAGAGAGUCAUAGAAAGUUAGAGAGUUCAUCGUGUAAGGGCUUGUUUUGUAAAAUGGCUGAAUGGGGACUGGAUGUGAAGCUAUGUGCCUGGUCUGUCUGGACGAGUUCCUGACAGCUCACGACAGCAAACUGAAUAAUGUGACAACCGCACACAGUGAUGUGUUGUAUCCGGGGGAAAAUGGCUACUCGAGAGGAGAAACAUUUGUAAUUAUGCUGAUUCAUCAUGUCCACGUUCUACAUAUUUAUUAAAGGUUCCUAUAAAAUGUU